UGUAGAAAAUUACUUUUUUUUUUUUAAUUUAGGAGAGAUACAACUAAAAGUAAACUAAAUAGUUAUUACUGUAGUUAAAAAUUAAAAUAGUCUAAUAGACAAUAUUAAAAAAUUUUAAAGAAAACAAAUAAUACGAAUUUCGUUUGGACAAUUAAUGACAUUAAAUAGAUAAUAAUUAUUACUCAAUAGAACUUGUACUUAGUUUUUAUUAUUAAAUUAUUUGAGAAAUGUUUUGUGAAGUAUUAUGUACAGAAUUGACUAUAUGUGUAUGGACUACGCUUUUGUAUUUUUAUAAUUAAUAUAAUAUGUGUAAUAUGUUAAUAAUUCUUUUAUAAAAUAGUAGCUAGAUAACUGGUAACUAGUCGUUUCUAUGACUGCACUCUGGUUUUACAUAAAGUGACUCAGGUAAUAAAGUAAUAUUAAGGAUAAUGGCAAAACGUUAUUUCAAUAAUAUAUAUUCUAAGAGUCAUGAGAGUGAUUUAUGUGUAAAUGACAAAUUUUGGAAAGAUAAAGUGAAUAGCUUAAUGCAACUUGUUGAUCAAAAUGCUUCAUCAUCAUCAAAAAACACUUUGUAUACUGGAACAACUGGUAUUGCAUAUAUGUUUUAUCAUUUAGCAAUAUCAAAAGAAUUUAAAAACAAUUCUUCAACCUAUUUGAAUAAAGCAGUCAAAGUUUUAAAAAUUAAAGAAAAUAGUUUUAAGCAGAAAAAAUCAAAUCAGUUUAUUUGUGGAGAUGCAGGAGUAAACGCUGUAAAUGCUGCAAUAUUUAACCAGAUUGGUGACACAAAAAUGGCUGAAAUGUAUUUAAAACAUUUUGAGAAAGGAGUGACUAUUUGCAAGCCAAUAGAUUCUUUGAAACCUGGAGAAGAUGAAUUAUUUGUUGGUCGUGCAGGAUAUCUCUAUGGAGUUCUAUGGUUGGAAAAAGUUUUUGGAAAAAAAAUAAUACCGGACCAAGAUGUUAUUGACAUAUGCUCAACGAUUAUAGAAUCUGGUCGUCAAUAUUCAAAAAUAAAUAAAAGCAUGUUUCCCCUUAUGUACUCAUAUCACGGUAAAGAAUAUUUAGGAGCAGCUCAUGGCCUAUGUACAAUUCUUCAAGUAUUAAUUUCAUUUCCUUGUUUUAUUAAAAAUGAACAAAAAGCCAUGCAAGAUAUUAAAAAGUGUAUAGAUAUAUUGAUAUCCUUACAAACAUUCACUGGUAAUUUUCCUACUAAAAUACAGGAAUUAGGAUCAAAACAGAGACCUGAAGAUGAUGAAUUGGUUCACUGGUGUCAUGGAGCUCCAGGUGUUGUAUACUUAUUAGCUAAAGCAUAUUUGAUUUUUAAAGAACCGUCAUAUUUGGAAUGUUGUUUAAAAUGUGGAGAUUUGGUGUGGACAAAAGGACUAUUAAAAAAAGGCCCUGGUUUGUGUCAUGGUAUAGCUGGAAAUGGAUAUGUUUUUUUACUAUUAUAUAGGUUGACCGGGGAUACAAAACAUUUAAACCGAGCAGUACAAUUUGGUAAAUUUAUAUUCACUGAUGAAUGUAUUCAAGGAUCUAGAAGACCAGACAAUGUGUACAGUUUAUACGAAGGAUUAGCUGGCACUGUGUGCUAUUUAAGUGAUUUAACUCAACCAGAUAAAGCUAGUUUUCCAUUUUUAGAUGUGUUCUAAUAAAAUAUUUUGAUAAUAUCUUAAGGUUUAUCUGAACUUGUGAUUUUAGUUUAUUAUGAAUGAAAUUGUCUAUUAAAAAUGCAUGUUUAUCACAUAAA